GUCAAAGAAAAUAUUCCUCUUAUUUUAGAAAAAAAAACUAUUUUCAACCAUCCAAUCUCUGUCUUUAAAUCUUCUUGAUUCUCCACCAUAUAUGCCCUUCAGUCUCUGCUUUUCAUUUUCAUUCACUGCUUUUGUUUCUUCACUUUGGCAAAGUUGUUUAUGGUUACACAUAUGCUCUUCUUCUUGUAGAAACCAUCUCUCGUUGUAUAAAUUUUCUUCACUUUCCUGGGUUUCGUCAUCUGUGUCACCUUCUCCUGGACCUCAACACGUGAAACAGUGCAACGAUAAAAUCUAAUGAAUUCUGGAGGAGAGUUUAAAGUUAGUUUUGGCUAUCAAUGUAACGGCCAUGAAAGUGGCACCUGUGAGGUACCCAACAGAUGUGGAAUUGUGCCUGGAGUUCACCUUCAUAAGACUAGCAGUUUCUCCUGCUUGUCUGGUGCCGCUUUGAGUGCUAAUGCUACAUUGGCCAAUACAAAUAUCUGCAAUGGUUUAAUAGCAGCAGAAAUACUUCCGAGUUUGGACUCCCCAACUUCAUUUCGUCGGGUUCCCUCAUCACCAAGUUUUUCAAGAUUAGAUAUGCUAUCAUCUUCUCUCCAAAGCAGUAUGUCAAACCUGAGUUGCAGUUCAUCUUCUCCAAGUGAUCCACCUGAAUAUGAUUCUUAUUUGUUGAAAUCCAUGAGUGCACCUUCGAGAAGUGAAGGUUUUCUUAAUGCUAUUGAAGUGCAGAUGGCUGGUGGAGCGGCUGGUGAAGACAGAGUUCAAGCUGUUUGUUCUGAAGAAAAUGGGUGGCUCUUUUGUGCAAUUUAUGAUGGUUUCAAUGGAAGAGAUGCUGCUGAUUUUCUGGCUGGGACAUUGUACGAAACUGUAUCGUAUUACUCUAACUUGGUUGAAUGGGAAUCAAAGACCGAUGCCGUUACAGCACCGGAUGGUUUAAAUUUGGAUGGGUCCCUACAAUAUAUUCUUGACAAUAGCAGUACCAGUUCCGAGGGAAUUUUUCCUUCAAGCAAGAGUAGUAAUAAGGAUUCAAGUCAUAAAAAAUUUGGCAAUGGAAGUCUUUGUCCUAAAAUGGAAAUAUCUUGCUCACAUCGUCAGGCAGUGCUUGAUAGCCUCCAACGUGCUCUUAGUCAAGCAGAGAAUGAGUUUUUGCACAUGGUUGAGCAGGAAAUGGAGGAACGCCCUGAUUUAGUUUCCGUGGGUUCGUGUGUUUUGGUUGUGCUUAUUCAUGGUAAUGAUUUGUACACACUCAAUCUAGGUGACAGUAGAGCUGUAUUAGCAAGUUAUGAUGAAAGCAGCAACUUAAGUGGGAAAAAGUGGCUGAAAGCUAUUCAGCUCACCGAUAGUCACACUGUUGAUAAUGAAAUCGAAAGAACUAGACUAAUUUCUGAACAUCCUGAUGACCCCACCACAAUUGUUGCUGGAAAAGUGAAAGGAAAAUUGAAGGUCACUCGUGCUUUUGGAGUUGGUUACUUAAAAAAGGAAAAACUGAAUGAUGCAUUAAUGGGCAUUCUUCGAGUUCGUAAUCUCAUAAGCCCUCCUUAUAUCUCCACACAACCAUCACUUAAUGUGCACAAAAUCACAAAGAAUGAUCAUUUUGUUAUAGUUGCAAGUGAUGGUUUAUUUGACUUCUUUGGCAAUGUGGAGGCGGUAGAGCUUGUCCAUUCUUAUAUCUUGAGCAACCCAUCUGGUGAUCCAGCAAAAUUUCUAUUAGAACACCUUGUUGCAAGAGCAGCAGAGUGUGCAGGUUUCAGUAUGGAAGAAUUGAUGCGAAUUCCAGCUGGUAUGAGGAGAAAAUAUCACGAUGAUGUAACUGUGAUUGUUAUUAUGCUUGGAACAAAUCAGCGCACAUCGAGGGCAUCGACUUUCAUGUAGGUUUGAUGUCAGCAUUAUCUGUGUUCAACUUGUCAUUUAAUAGCCUUAUUGCUUUGGCCUGAAGGUGUAUAUAAUAUAUGGUUGGUGUCAUCAUCUAUGUUUUCAACCACUGGAUUUUAUGUUUUCAACUUUGUAAUUGUAGCAUUGGUUUUAAGGCUGUAUAUAUAGCUAAUGGCAGAACCUCUGUUUCUUCA